GACAGCUUUAAGAUCAGACAUUUGUUGAAAUUCUGCAACACAUUCUUAACAUCUUUUUUUUCUGUCAUCUAAAGGAGAAAUAAAAUUACAAAUGUCUCCAUCUGCUGUCUCAACAGUCCUCCUGCUGCUUUUUCUAAUUUUUGUGGAUGAAGCCAGUUUGAAUCCACACAUGCAUGAAAAUUCCUAUGAUGAUGAUUAUAAUGGGUGCCAAGGAGAAAGAGAAAAGGAAAUUAGAGAGCGUUACUUGAAUUAUGAGUUAAGUAAGAACAAAAACCUGUCAUCAGGCUGGAAUGAAUCGAUCAAACACUGGCACUCAAGAAAUAGAUCUGGUUUGGACAACUACACCGCCCUGGCUGUUAGGGCAUACACAACAAAUAAAUUCUAUUCUGAGCUGAACAACGCGGUGCAAUCUGGUGUGGAUUCGGUGACAAAGAAGUACUACAGGUCCAUGCAUUUCCUGCUCACCAAGGCUAUCCAGACCCUCAAAGGAAGAAACUGCAUCAGGGUUUACAGAGGAGUUAAAGUAGAGAUACGACCAAAAGUAAAAGAUGCUUUCCGAUUUGGAAGAUUUGCAUCAACAUCUACAAAUAUUACAGUAGCAAGAAGAUUUGGCAAAGGAACAUUUUUCAGUAUCAAAACAUGCCAUGGGGCAGAUAUUUCAAAAUAUUCUGUUUAUCAAAAUGAAUCUGAAGUGCUUAUCCCACCCUACGAAGAGUUUAUUGUCACACAAGUUAAAGGCAAAGACGUUACUCUUGCAUCAAAGAAGGUUACCGUGUACAAGAGAUGUGCGCCUCUGCCUGAGCCUAGGAAGACACUCGCCUUUAUGAAGGGGUACGCACAGCGUCGUUCAGCAGGCCUGACCUGGAAGCGCGCCCGUCCCAUCGCCAGAGCCAAAUCAAAGGUACCUGCCAAAGGUAAAGUUAACGCAUUCCUGCACUUCAGCAACUCAAACAGGCUCAUCUAAGAAGAGUGUAACGUCACCAAAUUCUGGCUGAAUCCUAGCAAUGGAACUUCAAGAAUCCAGUAUAAGUUUACAGUAUAUACAAUAUAUGGGCUUAUAAUGAGGGCUUUAAAUUGAUUAAUUUAACAAACGAUGAAACAGAAUAAACAAAAAGCCUUUUCUGUGUGUCAGAAACAAUCAAGCUUUAUUUUGUUGUUUUAAUGAAGCCAUUUGCCUCUAAUAAUGUAUUCUGCUUUCAGCUUUUUAAGUAGAUUGCUUUUCACAGUGAUUAGCUUAAAUAAUGUUGGCUAAUGUGUGUUUUGAUUUUAAUCAUUCAGUAGAGAUGGUGGUCCAAAAUAAAGAGAAACCUGUGCUUAUUCAUAAAGAGCUGCUUCUUGUUAUGGCCGUCAGUGUCACAUACUUUUUCAAGUUGUUUUUAUGAACUCUGCCUCCUCUGAUAAUGUGUCUUCAUGCAAGUUGCUUCUAACUUACCACAUAAGGCACUUUGUUUCCUUUGAGCACAGUGUUUUCCAGAAGUAAUAUCAUCAAACCCAUUAUCAUUUCUUUUCCAAUCCACUGACUAUUUGAAAUGGAGUCUUUGAAUAAAGGAGGUUAAUGGAAAUAAAACUGGGAGACACUGGAGUCUUCAUUCAAACCAGUGAACAUGUCUCUCUUUUUUACAGAGUUAAAAACCAGUCUUAAAUCCCUCCACUGACUCCAGCUGAAGGAGUUCAGUAAGAAUUUACCAAAAUCAAAUAACUUAAUUUCUUUAUCUGUCACAAGUAAAGAUUUGUGUUUGUCACACAUACAGACAGAGCCCAGUUGCACUGUAUGUGUGUGCAGCUCGCUUACAGACAAACCUUUUUAAAGUAAUCUUUCUGGCCUUAAGAACAUCACAGCCUGGUCAAUAUGAAUUCAUUAAUAAAUGCUGGUUCUCAGAAUACUCAAGUGAUCAAACAGACUUACCAGAA